AUGGCCUCUUCGCUCUCCGCAGUGAGCCCGCCGCUGCCUUCGACAAACCCGACCGACUCCUUCCAACUGCUGAAAGAGUCAGAAAAGCCAGACGCAGAGCAAGAAAUAUUCGAUGAGCAAGUAAGGCAGGUCAAGGAAUGGUGGGCGAGUCCCAGAUACAAAGGUAUCAAACGACCCUACCAGCCAGAGCAGGUGGUCAGUAAGAGAGGGACACUACAACAGGUUUAUCCUUCCAGCUUGACAGCAAGGAAGCUCUUCAAUCUGCUGGAAGAGCGAAAUGCUGAGGGAAAGCCGGUACACACCAUGGGAGCUAUUGACCCAAUCCAAAUGACACAACAAGCUGCACACCAAGAGAUCCUGUAUGUCUCAGGCUGGGCAUGUUCUUCCGUCCUCACGAGCACAAACGAAGUCAGCCCUGACUUUGGCGACUACCCAUACAACACCGUUCCAAACCAGGUCCAACGAUUGUUCAAAGCGCAGCAACUCCACGACCGCAGACAUUACGAUGCAAGAAUGAAGCUCAGCGCCGAAGAGCGGAAAAAGACACCAUAUAUCGACUAUCUCCGACCGAUCGUCGCGGAUGGCGACACCGGUCACGGAGGACUGAGCGCUGUAUUGAAGCUGGCCAAGCUCUUUGCUGAAAAUGGAGCCGCAGCUGUACACUUCGAGGACCAGCUCCAUGGAGGGAAGAAAUGUGGCCAUCUUGCGGGCAAGGUUCUGGUCCCCGUUGGCGACCACAUCAGCCGACUUGUCGCAGCACGCUUCCAGUGGGACCUGAUGGGUUGUGAGAAUCUCGUCAUCGCUCGCACGGAUAGUGAGAGUGGAAAGCUCAUUAGUUYGGCUGUUGAUGCCAGGGACCACGAGUUCAUCUUGGGAGUGACGGAAGAUAUUGAGCCACUGGCAGAGACGAUGCAAGUCAUGGAGAUGAACGGCGCAUCUGGUCCCGAGAUUGAUGCAUUUGAAGCCAAGUGGGUGAAGAGUCACAAGUUGGUGACUUUCGAUGAGGCCGCCGAAGCCCACAUCAAGGCUGCGGGUAAAGAUGCCAAUGCGUACCUCAAGCAGGUCAAGGAGAACAGGAACAUGCCUCUCUACCAGCGGAGGAAGACGGCGGCGGAGGUCGCAGGCAGCCCUGUCCUCUUCAACUGGGAUACUCCCCGUACUCGUGAAGGAUUCUACCACUACCGAGCAGGUCUCGCAGCAGCAACKAAGCGAGCCAUUGCAUUCGGACCAUACGCAGACCUUCUCUGGCUAGAGACUGGCKACCCAAGUGUUGAAAAGGCCGCUGGAUUCGCAAAGGAGAUUCGUGAGGUGCUCCCCGAAAAGAAGCUGGUCUACAACCUUUCACCCAGCUUCAACUGGUCGGCUCAUGGAUUCAGCGAUGCGGAUCUCAAGAACUUUAUCUGGGAUCUGGCGAAGCAUGGAUUUGUUCUCCAACUAAUCUCUCUCGCCGGUCUUCACAGCACCGCCACGAUCUCCAACGAGCUGGCCAAGGCAUACAAGACUGAGGGUAUGAAGGCGUAUGUAGAGAUUGUGCAGAGAAGGGAGAAGGAGACCGGAUGUGAUGUAUUGACACAUCAAAAGUGGAGUGGAGCGAACUACAUUGACGGCAUCAUCGGCUCGAUCCAGGCGGGCAGCAGUGGUAGCAAGAGUAUGGGAGAUGGUAAUACCGAGGGUAGCUUCUAG